AUGUCGUCCCAUCGCUACCGACCCCGUCUCCCGGACGGGGAGUUGGCCCCGCUGCCCUGGCCGGUGGCGCUGUAUCGGAUCCUGAACCACAUAGCCUGGCCGCUGGAGGAGGGCUGCGGUCGCUGGACCGUGUUCCUGGAGCGGGUGAUCAUCUUCCUCGGCUUCCUGGUGUUCUGCGAGCACAAUGAAGUGGAUUUCCACUACCUGAUAGCCAACAGGCAGGAUAUGGACAACCUGCUGACGGGCAUGCCCACGUACCUCAUUCUGGUGGAGAUGCAAAUACGCUGCUAUCAGCUGGCCUGGCAUAAGGACCGAUUUAGGGGGCUCCUGCAGCGUUUUUACGCGGAGAUCUACGUAAAGGAGGAGUCGGAGCCGCAGCUCUUUGCCCGAAUCCAGCGCCAGAUGCUGGCCACACGGAUCAACUCCACCGUUUACCUGCUGGCCCUGUUCAACUUCCUGGUGGUGCCCAUCCAGAACGUAAUCUACCAUCGCCGCGAGAUGCUUUACAAGCAGGUGUAUCCCUUUGACAACACCCAGCUGCAAUACUUCAUCCCCCUGCUGGGCCUCAACUUCUGGGUGGGCGUCAUCAUCACCAGCAUGCUCUUUGGGGAGCUGAAUGUCAUGGGCGAGCUGAUGAUGCAUCUGAAUGCCCGCUACGUCCAGCUGGGCCAGGACCUUCGUCGCAGUGCCCGCCGCCUGUUGGAAGCAGGAGAUGGAGGUGGGGACUUAGCUAGCAGCUACCGACGGGCACUGACCCACAUCCUGCGGCGAAACGUGGCUCUGCGGGAUUUUGCCGACCGUGUGGAGGAGGAAUUCAGUUUCCGGAUCUUUGUGAUGUUCGCCUUCAGUGCUGGACUACUCUGCGCCCUGUUCUUCAAGGCCUACACGAGUCCCUCGGGUAAUGUGGCUUACAUUGUAUGGUUCCUGGCCAAGUUCAUGGAGCUGCUGGCCCUUGGAAUGUUGGGCUCAAUUCUUCUCAAGACGACCGACGAACUGGGCGUGAUGUACUAUACCUCGGACUGGGAACAGAUUGUCCACCAGUCGGAGGAUGUGGCCGAGAACCUCCGGGUGAUGAAACUGGUCACCUUGGCCAUCGAACUCAACUCGAGGCCGUUCUUUAUCACCGGCUUAAAAUACUUUCGAGUCAGUUUAACGGCUGUGCUAAAGAUAAUCCAGGGCGCCUUCUCCUACUUCACCUUCCUGAAUUCGAUGCGAUGA